GUAACAGGUAAAACUUGGGGACGUAACUAUUUGUCGUACGUAUACUGCCACCGCGCCCUUCAAAGCUGCGAAGAGGCGAUGUUCACCGUCUGAUUUAUAAUGCACGAAUCGGGAGGCAUCAUGAGCAUCUUCGAUCUCGAAAAAGAACCACGAGAAAAAGAACGCAAAGUGAAACGCUCUGUCUCUCUCGUUCUCUCGCCGACUUCUUUCGUCAGUGAUACUCUUCUCUCUUUUUGACGGAGGGGGUGAAGGGACGGGCGGUGAGGAUAAGAAUGGCGGGGGUGGUGGUAUUGGUGGCGGCGACGGUGGUGGGGAUGAUAGGAGGGGCGAGGGGAGCGCCGACGUGGUGCAUAGCGCGGAACGGGGCGGGCGCGACGGCGCUGCAGGCGGCGCUGGACUACGCGUGUGGGUCCGGGCUAGCGGACUGUGCGCCGGUGCAGCCCAGCGGGACCUGCUACCUCCCCAACACGCUGCCCUCUCACGCCUCCUACGCCUUCAACGGCUACUACCAGCGCUCCAACGCCGCCCCCGGCGCCUGCGACUUCAGUGGCACCGCCACCGUCACCGUCACCGACCCCAGUUACGGGUCCUGCACAUAUCCUUCAUCUGCAAGCACAGCAGGAGGCUCAACAAGUACACCAAACACUAAUACUCCCUCUAAUUCACCAGUCACGACCUUUACCCCACCGACGGCACCCACCUUUAGCGGCACAGGUGGUGGUAUUGGUGGGCUGAGUCCUCCGGGGUUUGGUUCAACAGAGCCUAAUAUCGAUACAUCUACAGCUUCUCCUCUGCGCCCCAUUUUGUCGGUUGCCACCUGCCUUUGCUUCAUACCACUGCUCUUCUGAUCGAUUAGUUCAGGCUUAUUCUGGUUCAUAUUAUUGUAUCGGCCACAAUUUUGUUCGAGAAUUGGUGGCUCUGUGUGGCUGUUUUAAAUUAAACCGAGUUGGUCUUGCAACCUUCAAAGGCUUGUAAGAAGAAAAAGAGAUGGUGGGUGAAGGCACUGAAUGUGGCAUCUUGUCCUUCUUGGCUACAGAGGGAUCUCACUGUGCUUCCUUUGCUUUUUUGCUUGCGAUUUCGUCGGUUUUAGUCGUGAUAGCAAGAUUAAAGCAUGCACUUAGCUACUUGUGAAUGGGUGCUCAUGCAAAAUAUUUUUAUUUUGUACUGUAUAUGGAAGCAUCAGUAUAUGUAUGUGUGAAAGUCAUGACCGUUUAAUGCCGUCAUGGGAGCAGUCUCCACCGUCCAUUAUAAUAUGUAAGUUGAUCAUAUGAUGACCAUCGAUCUUA